UAUCGCCACUCAAACCGGUCGCCCUGCACGCAACUGCAAUCGUGAACAAUGAGUUUCGUGUGCGUUCAUUGCGCGCGCGUUGUGGGUCUAUAUAGUGACGGCGUUUGAGAGUCUGCACGACGCUGCGUCAUCACUGCUUCUGCCUCGCUCCAUCAGCUCCCCCGGUCUGCAACUGCUUUGAGGAUUCACAAUGGCCGAAUACGUUGAACAACAGUGCGAGGCUUCCGUGGAGGUGCCGCAGAGCCAUGCGGUGAACCCACACAUCACCGCCACGGAGGAAGGUGUGGUGGCGCGUCUGCACCGCGUGCCGCUGGUUGCUUCUCUGCUGGACCGGGUGGGGGGCACCUACGGCACUGUGCGUGCCCGGGGCGGUGUCGUGGGUGCUGCGUGCAAGGUCGCCGAGACUGGCCUAUCUGUCGCCACCACCGUGGCCUCUACCACCGCCUGGCCUGUGGCCUGGGCCCUGAAGCCGCAACUGGUGGUGGCCAGCCGUCUGGCGGUGAGAGGCGUGGACUUCCUGGAGACAAAGCUGUCGCUGCUGCACCCCUCGGACCACGAGGUGGAAAGCGGCGAGAUCCCAGCUGCCUCCUCCGCCCUGGGCAGCGUGGCUGGCGCCGUUGCCAGCGUGCUCUCCGGCGCCGUGAGCGCCUCACGCUCCCUGCUGGGCCAGCUGGGGCCCAGGCUGCUGUCGGGUGUGGACUGCGUGCUGUGCCGCACUGAGGAAUACGUCGGCUGCUACCUGAAGGGCCAAGGCCACGAUGGUGGAAUGGCUCCUGAGGCAGAAGCAGUCUACCACGGGAAGGAUUCCCACCCCGUGGUGCGUGUGGCGUUGCUGGCCGGCCGUGUGACGCGAGGCCUCUACGACCUGUGUGCGCGCAGAGCCAGCGCCAUGCACCACUCCUGCGUGGGCUUCGUAGCAGCAGGAGCCCAGCGACGCUAAUUCUCAGAAGUGCACCAUCAAAAUCCCAUUGCUGCUCUCCAAGGCGCUGAUGCCCGUGGGCUGGCUGGCGCGCCGCUCCCUCGCCGUGGCCAAGUCUAUGUGCACAGCCGUGGUGAACCGUGCGUACGACCACGCCAUCAACAACUCGUCGCUUAACUGGGUGGUAGGUCCCUUCUACCACGGCCACGUGUUCGGCUUCCCUGGGGAGCUCGCCGAUGACCUGUAACGACUGACAACGUCAUCCGAUUUCCCCCCCCCUCCCCAAUCCAUGCAACGUGUUCUAUUAUAAUCCCAUGAGCAUCUCCAGAUGCACCCAUCCUUAAUGCAGAAUAAUCUGCUAGUCUUUGUAUUUAUUGGCUACUUGAAUGCCCUCCCCAGGCACAUUUCACUACGGCUAUAAAUUCCAGCCCAAGACUGGAGUGGAUUAAUCGCUGCCUUGUCAAGUUUAUCCUUCUAGCUUGCUGAUGCCACCAAGGCAACUGGAUACUUAACGUUAUUACAUGCUUUGACGUUGGAGCUUGGUGUGCACGUGUUUUUAUGGUGUUCCACAUCUCCUGAAGUGUCGUGCUAAGGGACUGUAAGCCAGCCAGGGUUGUAGUGAUGUUCAAAUUACUAAUUUUGCAAGCAAAUGCUAAAUAACUGGCCAGCUUAAAAUUUUGAAGCGGUUGGCAUUGGUUUCCCAAACAUGCAUCAUGGUGACACACUUGGCGUUUACAGAACCAUGCCGAGUCAUUUGCCAGGUUUGUCUGAAGCUUCCUUGGCAAAAACAGAUCUUGUGACACUCGGCUGACAUGGAGCGGGGGGGGGGGAGAUCUGGAUUGUCUGCAGUCGAGUUUACAGUGCUGGGUGUGUUAAUGGACACCAGCUUUUUGACGUUGGUUUUGCCUUUAACUUUAUAGAAAAUAUCAGGGUCCUGUUUAGAUUUGAGAAAAUGGUGCUGUUGGUGGCUAUGUCUGGCAUGCGGCG